AUGUCGGAUGGGACUCGAAGUACAGGAGCAUCGUCUGAUGCAGCUUCGGUUUUUAAAAGGAAAUCCAAUGAUAUUGGAUGGGAGUAUGGAAUGUUAAUUGAUCCGAAGAAUAUGGAUAAAGUUAAAUGUAAGUUGUGUGGUAAAAUUAUGUCUGGCGGAGUUUACAGAAUAAAAGAACACAUAGGUAAUAUUUCUGGAAAUGUUUCUGCAUGUCCAAAAUCUUCUCUGGAUGAUCAAGCUAAAUGCAAGAAUGCUAUUGCCGAGGCAAAGAGUAAGAAGAAGAAUAAAAAGAAGGAGGAAGAUUUUAUGAGAUCUUCUGUUAAUAUUUCUGAAGGGGGGGAUGAUGAAGAUGAAUUGAAAGAGUUAGGUAGCAAAAAAACGCCUCAUACUCUUGGCCCUAUGGAUAAGUUUGCAACCUCCAUCAGUCCUGAAACUUAUUUGACGAAAAGGCAACAAAAUAUCAAUGAAGCACUCUUCAAAGAAAGAACACAGACUGUUCGUGAGUAUUGUGUUAGAUGGGUGUAUGAAGCUAGUAUUCCUUUCAAUGCGAUAAAUCAUGAUAGCUUCAAAUUGUUUGUUGAGGCAGUUGGUCAAUUUGGCCCGAGCUUCAAACUUCCUAGUUAA